UCUGAAGUUGUAGCUUUUUUUUCUUCCAGGACAAGUUGACAAUGAGAAGAUGAGGCAGCUUGAAGAGAGGAUCCGAAGUUUGACCAAAAACCUCCAGGACCUUCAGUCCACCAUGAAUGAACACCUUCAACAGGAAACCACCAAACCGGCCGCCAGCGGAGGAGGAAGAAACCCCGCUGAUGCAGCCCAGGAGACCAUUGACAUCAUUCAGACCAAACUGGACCAACUGGACAACCGCACACAGGCCCAUGAUAAAACCCUGGUCAGCAUUAACAACCACCUGGGGAACGGGCAGGGGAAAGACAUGGAUGGGGGUCUGCCUGGAGAAGGACUGAGCGGCGGGAGGCUGAACUCGCUAAAGGAGGAGAUCCUGAGGGAGUUAGAGAGCCGGGUAUCACUGUCCUGCUCUUCCUGUCAGGCCGGUGUGGAGGAUCUGCAACGGCAGCAACAGCAGGACAAAGAGAAGAUUCAAGCUCUGGAGAAGCAGCUAAAUGACAUGGACGUCCGGUACCGUCAGAACCUCGAUGGACUGCGUCAGGAGGUGGUGGGCUUGCAAGGAUGCUGUGGCACCAUCUACGAUCUACGAAAACGCAUCACGGACGCAGAACGCAAGAUCAGCUCUGCCUCAGAAAACUUUGAUGUUUUGCAGAACCGUCUGGACAAGGAACUCAAAAACAACGUGAACGUUGGCUUCGCUGGAGGAGGGAGAACUGUGGGAGGGGGGAGGGGUGUUGUGGUGACGGCGGACAGACUGGACAAUCGUUUGAAGGACCUGGAAUGGCUGGUGAACAACACCUUGCAGCAGACAGAGCAGAGCUGCUUGCACCUAGAGAACCACUUGAAAGACUAUUUCCACAGAGAACUGGGGGACCUGCGGACAGUAUUCCUGGAUCGCUUUGAUGACCAAGCCUUUAGGAUUGCAGACGCAGAGUUGGACGUGGGACUGGUGAAGGAAAGAGUGAGUGACCAAGACAGGAGGCUGUCUAAGCUGGAAAACAACACUUCACUCAUCAACCAGAGACUCAAAGGCUGCAUCUGCGUAGGGACUGAAAGAGACCUAAACGAUGGAGGAGGGUCUACAGGAGGAUCCAAAGGUGGAGCCACAGGAGGGUCUACAGGCGGGUCUACAGGAGGAUUUACAGGGGGAUCUACAGGAGGAUCCAAAGGAGGAUCUGCAGGAGGGUCUACAGGCCGGUUUACAAGUGGGUCUACAGGAGGGUCUGCAGGAGAGUCUACAGAAGGACCUACAGGGGGGUCUAAAGGAGGGUCUACAGGUGGGUCUACAGGAGGGUCUACACGCGGGUCUACAGGUGGAAGAUUAUCUGGGACUGGAGGAGAAAGUACAACAGAGAAAUCAUUGGAGUGGAGAGUGAUUGCCAAUGAGGAUCGCAUUCAACACUUUAACACUGAACUGAAAGAUCUGUCAGUGUCUGGAGACUCUCUGCACGACAAGGUUGUGAACCUCAGCCAUGACGUCCGUAAGAUCAAAGCUCUGACCGGGGAUCACGGCGAACACUUUAACCGAAUUGUUACCGAGGUGGAGCUCCUGGGUCAGGACUGCGAUUUGUGCAGGAAGGUGGAAGACGAACUGCAGAGGCUAAAAAAUCAAUCCCAUGAUACACUGGGGCGCAUGCAGAGCCAAAUCAACAGACUCCAGAUCAGACUGGACCUAGGAGGAGAAGGGUGCUUCAACACAUGUUCACAGCUGGAGGAGGAAGUCCACCUGCUACGAGACGAUGUCAGGAGAUGCACCGCCCAAUGUAAGACCAGCUCGGGCACGCCUACAGGCGGUGGUUCUGGCAGCGUUGGUGUUACCAGUGGACCUGGGCUGGAUGCUGAGAGGCCUUUAGAUGGUCACAGUGUGAUCGGAGGCUCCAUCAACAACAACCAGCUGAAGACGCUGCAGGGUCAACUCUCCGAGGUCAUCCUCACCUUCAGCUCCAUCAACGACACCCUGAAGGAGUUCGAACACACGGUGCAGAAACACGGAAGCGUCAUCACCGACCUUGGAAACACAAAGGACAAGAUCAUCUCUGAGCUGGACAAGAUCCAGCAAGAUUUGUCAGAGCACAUGGAGGAGAGCGGCAGCCGCCUGGACGCCAUGGACCAGGAUGUCCGGCGGUUCCAGAGCACAGUCCUAGUGGAGAUCGGAGACUGUAGGAGGUCUGGAGACGGGCUGGAGAAGAGGCUUUCCAAAUUAGAGGGAGUCUGUGGGAGGCUGGAAGGUGUCUCGGACUCCAUCCUCAAGAUCAAGGAAGGACUGAACCGGCACGUGGCAAGUCUGUGGCUUUGUGUUUCUGGUCUGAAUGAGUCGGUUAUCCAUCACGGAGGAAUCAUGGACUUCAUUCAGAAGAACCAGGAUGAUGUCUACAGCAGAAUGAAGAACCUGAACUCAAGUGUGAACCAGUUCCUCAGAGAACUGCACGGUUCGUCUGUGAAUGGUGUGUCCGGCGUGCCUGGACCUCCGGGACCUGCGGGACCCCCGGGACCCCGAGGAGAGACAGGUUAUAACGGGCCUCCUGGACGGCAAGGUGCAACUGGAGCCCGAGGUCUGCCCGGUCCCAAAGGUGAACCAGGUGUGUCUGGUGUCGAUGCUCAUGUACCGCGACUGUCGUUCUCGGCUGCGCUCACUGUUCCCAUGGACAGAGCUGGAACCAUCCUCUUUGACAAGGUCUUUGUCAAUGAAGGAGACUUCUAUGACCGGAGAACAGGUAUCUUCACCGCCCCCGUUGAUGGACGGUAUUUCUUUAGUGCCAUCCUGACGGGUCAUAAGAACGAGAAGAUCGAGGCGGUUCUAUCAAAGUCAAACUACGGCAUGGCCCGGGUGGACUCUGGAGGCUACCAGCCUGAAGGCUUGGAGAACAACCCUGUGGCCGAGGCUAAAGUCACUCCUGGAUCUCUGGCCGUGUUCAACAUCAUCCUGCCUCUGCAGACCCGGGACACGGUCUGCAUCGACCUGGUGAUGGGGAAACUGGCGCACUCUGUGGAGCCGCUCACCAUCUUCAAUGGCAUGCUGCUGUAUGAAGACAUGUGAAACUCUGUAUAAGAUUAACGACAAACCCCCAGGAGGCUGCCCCAUAAAAAAACUUCCUCUUUCAAGACUGAUGAAAAAUAUUUAAAAAGAAUAUUAAGUCCUGAACAGAUUUCUAUCUCUAUAUUCUAACAGCUCAAAUCUGUUUGGCUGCUUUCAUUAUUUUUCUUAUGUCACUUCCCAUGUGGACAAUUUACCAUCUGACUGCUUUAUCUGCUGAUCGGAUGUGAUCACAUGAUCCAAGGAGCAACACUGUGAGGACAGAUGUCCCUGUAGACCAGCUGAUGUCCC